AUACCUGGCAUCGGUAGGGUCAGCGAACAAAUGCUAGCAGCUGUUGGUGUCAAAAUGUGUGGUGAUAUCUUUACACACCGUGCUACCCUCGCCCUAUUGGACAAACACUUCCAUCUUCAGGACAAGUUGGAAAUUCUCUUGGGUCUAGGUUCCAAUGUCGUUCGUCCAUGGCCCAGGGAAGCUAGAAAGAGUGUUGGUGCGGAAAGGUUAGCUGCUACCGGUGAAUAUUCAAUAGAUGAUUUAUGGUCAAUGAAUAGGACCUUCCAUGCGAUUGACGAUCCGGCCAAGAUUACCGAAAAGCUGGAACACGUUGCCAAAGAGUUAGAAGAGGACCUAGAGCGUUUAGGAUAUGCGGGUCAUACUGUCACACUAAAGGUCAAGCUCGAUACUUUUGAACCAAAAUCCGUACACAAACCCGUUCACAAGUACGAGGAACUGCUUACGGUUAGAAAUACAUCUGAUGCAUCACGCUCAAAGUCUCAUGAGUGGAACCAGAUUGGACAGGAACUUCUCGCAUACGAGUUACCACUGAGGCUUCGUCUUAUCGGUCUCCGAGUGACUAAUCUCAAGGAUCUACGUGCGCCCGAAAGUGGUAUCAAAAGGUUUUUUGGGCAAAUCGAACCAGAGGAAGACAGGCCAAAUAAGAAGCGGAAAUUAGAGCAAAAA